AUGUUCCACCCGCCGGGCUGCAGGAGGAGCUUCCCCAGGGAGCCUGCUCCGUGGUGGGAUGGGCCGUGGCCAUGUCCCCCUGAUGGCCCUGGGGACACCUGGGACGGGCCACCUUGGGACGGGCCACCUUGGGACGGGCCACCUUGGGAUGGGCCACCAUGGGAUGAACCACCUUGGGAUGGGCCACCAUGGGAUGAACCACCAUGGGAUGGGCCACCAUGGGAUGAACCACCUUGGGAUGAAGCACCAUGGGAUGGGCCACCGUGGGAGCAGCAGCCCAGGAGACGCCGGCGCAGGAGGGGCCCGCCCAGCCCCAGAGCCUUCCCUGGCCCUGGGGACGUGCCCUGGAACGAGGAGGAGCAGGACAGGAGGUGGGCACCCCCCGAGUGUCCCCUGCCACCGCCCUGGCCUGACAGAGCAGCCGUGCCAGGGGCUGAGGGUGACUUUGGAGAGUGCUGGUACCAGGAUCCGCCGCCUGACCCCUGGCCUGAGUACCCCGAGGAGGAGCAGCCCCAGCCCCAGCCCCAGCCCUGGCCCCCGUCCGGCCCUGCAGGGAAUCCAGGGAAUUUCCACCAGCACCGCCCGCCCUGGAGCCACCCCCCGGCUGGGACACGACGGAGCCGCCCCCGGCAGCUGCUCCCGGUGCCCCGGGUGUGGUGUCCCCGACCCUCCCGAGGGCACAAGCCGCGCUCCAGGAGGAGCCAGCCCGGGGCCAGGAAGGAGCCGCAUCCCCCGGAGCCUCCCCAGCGCCCGGAGCCGCCCCCGGGGGCUGCAGAGAGGCAGGAGCAGCCGCAGGAUGUGCCAGCGGGCACUGGGGGUGUUCUGGAGCCCCCCAACCCGGCCAGGAGCCCUCUGGAGAGCCCAGCUGCUGAUGGUGGUGCUGAUCCUGGUGCUGCAGAGCUGCAGGUGGAGCUGGGAGCUGGGCACAGCCCCGUGGGCAGCCAGGAUCAGGCUCCCUGUGCUCCAGGAACAGAUCCAGCCCCUCCUGAGGAGACCUCCAGGAAUCCUGAGAUCCAGGAGCACCUUGAGGCGGAGCCGUGCGGUGUCCCCAGGGCUGGCGGCGGUCACGGGUCACCUCCCCAGAGCCCAGCAGCCCCUCCAGACCCUGCCGGGAGGGAAAUCCUGGAGUGCAGCAGCUCUGGGGAGGCAGAGCUCAGCCCUCGUUCCUGUGGGGCUGGGGAAACUGAGGCACGAGCUGCCCAGGCUGGGCCUCUGCAGAGCCUUCAUCCUCCUGAGAACCCUCAGCUUCCUCCAGGACCUGCAGCAGAGCCCAAAGCCCAGCCCAGCCGAGCUGCCCCGGGCACCUGCACCCCACCAGAGACCUCCACAGCGCCCCAGAGCCCACCUGGGGCUGGUGCCACCAUUCAGGCUGUGUGUGGCCAGCAGCAGCCCUGCUCAGAGCCCCCCACACCAUUCCCAGCUGGAAUCGACUCCCGCUCCGCUGCUGUGCUCAGGAGGAAGGCAAAGAUCGAGCUGUCGUACCAGCAGUUCAGCCUGAGCGUCGCCGUGGUGGCCACGAUGCUGCUGCACGAGGAGCCCUCGAUGGAGGCGGCGCUGGGGGUGGCGCUCAGGGCCAACCUGCGCCAGGGCCGCCUGCACCACCUGCAGCAGCUGGAGGAGUUCAUCGACAGCCUCGACUCCGUGGGCUCCAGCGGCCUCUGAGGGCUUUGGGCCCUCCUGCCCUGCGACAGGGCUGUGACGGCGCUGUGACAGUGCCCUGGGGUGCUCGGGAGCCUGCAGGGUGAGGUGGGAGGUGUUGGCAGCCCCCGCGGAGAAGGAGGGCGAGCGGGAUGUGUUUGGUUUUUUGGCCCUGCCCAAAGCCCUGAGGGCAGCCAAAGCGUCGCUGGUUUGACUGGAGGGAGGGCGGCAGUGCCUGCCCUCCUUUCCUGACGGCCGGGAGUGCGCCCCCAAACCCCAGCGAGUGUUUUUGGGUUGAAAU